ACUACCAUUGUCAACUCUCUCCUGAUAUCAAGUUUCAGGUAAGACCCAAAUGCAGACUGUGUUGAAAUAACAAUGUUUAUUACAGCAACAGGGGCAGGCAAACGACAGGUCAAGGCAGGCAGGUGUCGAUAAUCCAGAGUAGUGGGGCAAAGGUACCGGACGGCAGGCAGGCUCAGGGUAAGGUCAGGCAGAGGUCGGUAAUCCAGAGCAGGGGCAAAGGUACAGGACGGCAGGUAGGGUCAGUGGCAGGCAGAGUGGUCAGGCAGGCGGGCUCAGAGUCAGGACAGGCAAGGGUCAAAACCAGGAGGGCGAGAAAAAGCGAGACUAGGAAAAAGCAGGAGCGGAGACAAAACUCUUGUUGACUUGACAAACAAGACGAACUGGCAACAGACAAACAGAGAAUACAGGUAUAAGUACCCAGGUGUAAGGGGUGCGUGUUGGUGGCAGGGAAGUCAGGUGCAGGAGAACGAACUUGGUAUAAACGGAGUUGUUUAAUAAAUGCUGACAAAACUCCAAAACAACCAAAAUGUACAAAAUAACAAAGUGGGUACUGUAACGGCUUUCUACUGGUGAAGGAGAGUCGGACCAAACUGCAGCGUGUAGAUUUCGAUCCAUGUUUAAUAAAACAAUUUAACACGAAUCAACACACAAACUCAACAAAACAAUAAACGAAACAAAAACCGAAAACAGCCUAUACAUGUGUCUACAAACCUCUAACAAGGACAUCAAGACACACAGGACAAUCACCCACAAUACAACCAAAGAAUAUGGCUGCCUAAAUAUGGUUCCCAAUCAGAGACAACGGUAAACACCUGCCUCUGAUUGAGAACCACUUCAGACAGCCAUAGACUCUCCCAGAACACCCCACUAAGCUACAAUCCCACUAAGCUACACACCACAUACAAAAACCCAUGUCACACCCUGGCCUGACCAAAACAUAAAGAAAAACACAAAAUACUUCGACCAGGGCGUGACAGAACCCCCCGCCCAAGGUGCGGACUCCCGAACGCACCUCAAAACAACAGGGAGGGUCCGGGUGGGCGUCUGUCCAUGGUGGCGGCUCCGGUGCGGGACGCGGACCCCACUCAAACACUGUCUUAGUCCCUCUUCCUCGCGUCCCUGGAUAGUCCACCCUCGCCGCCGACCAUGGCCUAGUAGUCCUCACCCAGAACCCCACUGGACUGAGGAGCAGAUCGGGACUGAAGGACAGCUCGGGACUGAGGGGAAGCUCGGGAGUGAGAGAAAGCUCGAGAGUGAGAGAAAGCUCAGGAGUGAGAGAAAGCUCAGGAGUGAGAGAAAGCUCAGGAGUGAGAGAAAGCUCAGGAGUGAGAGAAAGCUCAGGAGUGAGAGAAAGGAGUGAGAGAAAGCUCAGGAGUGAGAGGAAGCUCAGGAGUGAGAGGAAGCUCAGGAGUGAGAGGAAGCUCAGGCAGGUUGAUGGUUCCGGCAGAUCCUGGCUGACUGGCAGAUCCUGGCUGACUGGCAGAUCCUGGCUGACUAGCGGUUCUGGCAGAUCCUGGCGGAUCCUAGCUGACUGGCGGAUCCUGGCUGACUGGCGGAUCUGGCAGAUCCUGGCUGACUGGCGGAUCCUGGCAGACUGGCGGAUCCUGGCAGACUGGCGGAUCCUGGCAGACUGGCAGAUCCUGGCAGACUGGCAGAUCCUGGCUGACUAGCGGUUCUGGCAGAUCCUGGCGGAUCCUAGCUGACUGGCGGAUCCUGGCUGACUGGCGGAUCUGGCAGAUCCUGGCUGACUGGCGGAUCCUGGCAGACUGGCGGAUCCUGGCAGACUGGCGGAUCCUGGCAGACUGGCAGAUCCUGGCAGACUGGCAGAUCCUGGCCCACUGGCAGAUCCUGGCCCACUGGCAGAUCCUGGCCCACUGGCAGAUCCUGGCCCACUGGCACUUCUGGCGGAUCCUGGCUGACUGAUGGAUCUAACUGAUCCUGACAGACUGGCGGCGCUGGGCAGACUGGCGGCGCUGGGCAGACUGGCGGCGCUGGGCAGACUGGCGGCGCUGGGCAGACUGGCGGCGCUGGGCAGAAUGGCGGCGCUGGGCAGAAUGGCGGCGCUGGGCAGAAUGGCGGCGCUGAGCAGACUGGGAGCACUGGCGGCGCUGGGCAGACUAGCGGCUCCUUGCAGACUGACAGCUCCUUGCAGACUGGCAUCUCCUUGCAGACUGGCAUCUCCUUGCAGACUGGCAGCUCCUUGCAGACUGGCAGCUCCUUGCAGACUGGCAGCUCCUUGCAGACUGGCAGCUCUGGCUGCUUCAUGUUGACUGACAGCUCUGGCUGCUCCUUGCAGACUGGCUGCUCCAUGCAGACUGGCAGCUCCUUGCAGACUGGCAGCUCCUUGCAGACUGACAGCUCCUUGCAGACUGACAGCUCUGGCUGCUUCAUGUUGACUGGCAGCUCUGGCUGCUCCUUGCCGACUGGCAGCUCUGGCUGCUCCAUGUAGACUGACAGCUCUGGCUGCGCUGAACAGGCGGGAGACUACGGCAGCGCUGUAGAGGAGAAAAGCGCUGGCUGCGCUGAACAGGCGAGGCGCACUGAAGGCCUGGUGCGUGGUGCUGGAACUGGUGGUACUGGAUCGAGGACACGCACAGGAAGCCUGGUGCGGGGAGCUGCUACCGGAGGACUGGAGUGUGGAGGUGGCACAGGGCAGACUGGCGGCGGUGGGCAGACUGGCGGUACUGGCGGCGCUGGGCAGACGGGUAGCUCAGACGGCGCUGGGCAGACUGGAGAAAAAGGCUCUGGCAGCGCUGGACUGAGGAGUACUGGUGCCUCUGGAAUGAGGGGCUCUGGCGCCUCUGGCAUGAGGGGCGGUAGCUCUGACAGCGCCGGACAGGCGGGAAGCUCCGGCAGCAGCGCCGGACAGGGGGGACGCUCCGGCAGCGGCGCCGGACAGGCGGGACGCUCCGGCAGCGGCGCCGGACAGGCGGGAGGCUCCGGCGCCGGACAGGCGGGAGGCUCCGGCAGCGGCGCCGGACAGGCGGGAGGCUCCGGCAGCGGCGCCGGACAGGCGGGAGGCUCCGGCAGCGGCGCCGGACAGGCGGGACGCACUGUAGGCCUGAUGCGUGGUGCUGGCACUGGUAUGCCGUGCAUACUAUGCCACGCCAACAGCUUUCUUUCUACUCUGUCCACUACAUCCUCCACACUCUCAGACUCAGCACUCUGCUUCGCCGACAGCUCCAAUUCCAUCCAUGGCUCUGCCCAGGGUCCUUUUCCGUCAAGGAUCUCCUCCCAAGUCCAUUUAUCCAAAGAGUGCAGCCUCUCCCACUGCUGCUGCUGCUUCUGUUGCUUCUCCUGCUGCUGCCUUUGCUGCUGCUGCUGUUGCUCCUGCUGCACCUGUCGCUUCUCCUGUGGCUCCUGCCUGUUGACACGCUGCUUGGUCCUGUGGUGGGUGAUUCUGUAACGGCUUUCUACUGGUGAAGGAGAGUCGGACCAAACUGCAGCGUGUAGAUUUCGAUCCAUGUUUAAUAAAACAACUUAACACGAAUCAACACACAAACUCAACAAAACAAUAAACGAAACGAACACCGAAAACAGCCUAUACAUGUGUCUACAAACCUCUAACAAGGACAUCAAGACACACAGGACAAUCACCCACAAUACAACCAAAGAAUAUGGCUGCCUAAAUAUGGUUCCCAAUCAGAGACAACGGAAAACACCUGCCUCUGAUUGAGAACCACUUCAGACAGCCAUAGACUCUCCCAGAACACCCCACUAAGCUACAAUCCCACUAAGCUACACACCACAUACAAAAACCCAUGUCACACCCUGGCCUGACCAAAACAUAAAGAAAAACACAAAAUACUUCGACCAGGACGUGACAGGUACAAAACCCGUCGCACACCAACACUAAAUAGCACAUCACAUACAAUCAAAACUAUCUCCGACAAGGACAUGAGGGGAAACAGAGGGUUAAAUACACAACAUGUAAUUGAUGGGAUUGGAACCAGGUGUGAAGGAAGACAAGACAAAACUAAUGGAAAAUGAAAAAAUGGAUCAGUGAUGGCUAGAAGGUCGGAUACGCCGACCACCGCACGAAGGAGAGGGACCGACUUCGGCGGAAGUCGUGGCACCAGGGGAUAAUGGGGAGGAUGGGUGACACCUGAAGGGGGGUGGAGACAAGCACAAGGAUAGAUAAAACAGAUCAGGGUGUGACACCUGGCAUGAACUGAAGCCACGUCUCAUGUGCCCACUCCUCCACUGGCACAUUGAAUGUUUCCUCAGCAAAGACUUCAAAUCCUGUCCUGCACUGAAGUCAAGCCUCUGAACACCUCAUUUCAUGCCUCAUACCAUCAUUCAAUCACUGUUUUGAUCCCUUUCCAACACUGUGUAAGUAGCCCUCUCAUUCCCAUUCCACAUAAAUGUCUUUAUUAAAUGCUUUAGGUUUUUGAAACACACGGUCGUCUCUGUGCGUUCUACGCCCAUACCGUAGGUCUCCCAUCCUCCUCAAUUUUUCAAGUCACCAGCUUCCACUGUAUACCAAGUACAAAUACAGUAAAGUACUGUACACACUUUUUCUCUUAGCUAAAUAGUGUUUGUAGACAACUGCUAACUUCAAAGAGUGGGGAAUUCAGGGAGUUGGUCUGAUGGGAAUCCUUGAUGCUAUUGGACUCCCCCUUGCUUGAGGAACAAUAGAGGAUAGCCCCCCCUAGUCAUGUGCUAUGACAUGACUUACCUGGACCACGUAUUGAGAUGUGCUUUUUGUUAUGUAAAUCAGGUGAAAAUGAGACUGGAGUGCUACUUUAAAAUGGUUAUUGUUCAGCAUAUUUACUUUGGGCAGGAUUACGACCCGAGGUAAGCGUGCACAUAAAUGGAACAUAAUUUCCUUUUUAUGGGUAUUCUGAUCUUGAACUAACUUAAGCAUUUGAAUAGCGUGCUAUUCACCUGCUAUUUGUUUUGGGUGGAGAUCAAAUAAAUGAAGGUGUACGGAGGUGUGUCUACAAAUUUACAGUGACACUGUAUUCUGACCUUGACCUAAUUCCCAAAUAAUUCCACCACCUUUACGCAAAGAAAAUCAAUGACUUAAGGUCUAGCGAACCUACUGGUUCCAAGUGGAAAAAGCAUAUACUUUAUUUAAAAAAAUAAAAAAUAACACCACUCUCCAUGUACUGUAAUUUAUAACUUGAUAAGAGCUAUUAAUAAGAGCUAGGUAAAUGAGUAAUCCAUUUGGAUAAGGGAAUUGUAAAUAUAAAUGACACUUGUUUUAGAUAUACACUCAGUGGCCAUGUUAUUAGGGAUACCCUUCUAGUACCGGGUCGGACCUCCCUUUGCCUCCAGAACAGCCUGAAUUCUUUGGGGCAUGGACAUGUUGCUCAUUUGGUAUCAGUGGACCUAACGUGUGCCAGGCUAACGCUUCUCACACCAUUACACCUCCGCCACCAGCCAAUGUUUUUCCACUCCUCAAUUGUCCAGUGUUGGUGAUCGUGUGCCCACUGGAGCCUCUUGUUCUUGUUUUUAGUUGAUAGGAGUGGGACCCGGUGUGGUCGUCUGCUGCAAUAUAGCCCAUCCGUGACAAGGACAGAUUAGUUGUGCCUUCCAAAUGCCGUUCUGCACACCACUGUUGUACUGUGCCGUUAUUUGCCUGUUUGUGGCCUGCCUGUUAGCUUGCACAAUUCUUGCCAUUCUCCUUCGACCUCUCAUCAGUGAGUUGUUUUUGCCAAUAGGUCUGCCACUGACUGGAUUUUUUUUGUUCUUGGUAAACCCUAGACACAUUCGUGCGUGAAAAGCCCAAGAGGCCGGACAUUUCUGAGGGCCUAGAACCGGCGCGGCUGGCACCGACAAUCAUACCACGUUUAACGUCACUUAGGUCACUUGUUUUGCUCAUUCGAAUGUUCAAUCGAACAGUAACUAAAUGCAUUUGCCUGCUUUAUAUAGCAAGCAACGGCCACCGGACUCACUAUCUGUAGGAGCGAACCAUUUUCGUGAACGGGGUGGCCACUGAGUGUAUUUUUUCUUAUAAUCGCUGGAGAAAAAUGUGUAACCAGACAUAUGGCAGCAAACUAAAGCAUAUCAACAUAUCAACUUUCCCACAGUAAAGUUUAUGGAAUGCUGUGCCUUUAUGCAGAAUUUGUCUUAAUUAAUUAUAGGCUACCCCGACUUUCUGUUUCCUAUUUCUAUCAUGUUAAAUUUUAGCAACUGUCAGUAUAGACUGUCAGUAGGUCUAAUGACAUAUAUUCAACUGACAAUUUGAAAAAAAUUGCCUCCAACACUCUACACAGCAAAUUGGAUGCAGUCUAUCACAGCGCCAUCCGUUUUGUCACCAAAGUACCAUAUACUACCCACCACUGCGACCUGUAUGCUCUCGUUGGCUGGCCCUCACUUCAUAUUUGUCGCCAAACCCACUGGCUCCGGGUCGUCUAUAAGUCUUUGCUAGGUAAAGUCCCGCCUUAUCUAAGCUCACUGGUCACCAUAGCAGCACCCACCCGUAGCACGCGUUCCAGCAGGUAUAUUUCACUGGUCACCCCUAAAGCCAAUUCCUCCUUCAGCCGCCUUUCCUUUCAGUUCUCUGUUGCCAAUGACUGGAACGAACUGCAAAAAUCACUGAAGCUGGAGACUCAUAUAUCCCUCACUAGCUUUAAGCACCAGCUGUCAGAGCAGCUCACAGAUCACUGCAUCUGUGAAUAGCCCAUCCAACUACUUCAUCCUCAUACUGUUAUUUAUUUGAUUUAUUUCGCUCCUUUGCACCCCAGUAUCUCUACUUGCACACUCAUCUUCUGCACAUCUAUCACUUCAGUGUUUAAUUGCUAUAUUGUCAUUAUUUCACCACUAUGGCCUAUUUAUUGCCUUACCUCCCUUAUCCUACCUAAUUUGCACACACUGUAUAUAGACUUAUUUUUCUAUUGUAUUAUUGACUGUAUGUUUAUUUCAUGUGUAACUCUGUGUUGUUUCUGUCGCACUGCUUUGCUUUAUCUUGGCCAGGUCGCAGUUGUAAAUGAGAACUUGCUCUCAACUAGCCUACCUGGUUAACUAAAGGUGAAAUAAAAAAAAUAUAUAUUUCUUUACUGUUAGUUCCCUUCAGUUGGUAUAGCGAAACAUUAUCAUUCCAUUUAAUGACAUUGCUUUGUUUAUCUUUAUUUGCUUCCUCGUUAAACACAGUCACAGCCGCGUGGUUGUUGCUGAGGAUCAAAAGUAAUAGUUGAUAAUAUAAAUAAAGACAUGUUGGCAAAUUAAAUCGGUAUGUCAUCCAGCUCUUCUUGGAAAGAGGAAUCAUCAGAAGCAGCCAUUGUAACCAAAUAGUUUAUCAGUCUCGGACAGACAUUUACAUUUUGAAACUUGUGGAUAAAAUCUUUACAGCCCUUAACAACAAUAAAUACACCCUUGGCAUCUUUUUAGAUUUAUCUAAAGUGUUUAACAUGGUUGAUCAUGAAACAUUACUUUCUAAAUUGCCUUAUUACAGGUUUCAUGAUUGUAAAUAUGAUUGGUUAUAUAGUUAUGUUUAUGAGAAAAAAUGUUUUAUGCAAACUGCUGUGCGUCUACUAGGGCCAAGAUAUCCUAUGGUAGACCACAGGGUUCGAUAAUCAAACCUUUGUUAUUCCUAAUCUACAUCAAUGACCUUGCUGCUAUGUCUUCUACCGUACUUCCCGUUCUCUUUGCUGAUGAUACCAAUUUGAUCUAAUCACACAAUCAUUUUUAUUCACUUAUUAAUGAAGCCAACUCCGGUAUGGCCUAAUUUUCUGCAUGGUUCCUGGAUAAACAAACUGUGUUUACAUUUUGAAAAAUCCAACUAUAUUGCAUUAACUAGUAAGAAUAAGAAAUAUUGUUAAAAAAAAAAAAAUCAGAAAAAAAGACAGAAAAGAGAAUUAAAUGGAACAAGUUACAUCCACUAGAUUCUGCUGAGAUCUAAUUGAUGAAAAGUUAUCCUGGAAAGAUAAUUCUCAAUUUGUCUGUAGCAAAGUGAUGAAAUCUGUUGGUAUCAUCAGAAAGAUUAGUGGUUUGGUUUGUCAGGCUUGCUUCCUAACUCUAAAGCUUAAUUUACCCAUAUCUAAUUUACUGUAAUAUUGUCUGGGCCAGUGAAUACAGUUGAAGUCAGAAGUUUACAUACAGCUUAGCCAAAUACUUUCAACUCAGUUUUUCACAAUUCCUGACAUUUAAUCCUAGUAAACAAUCCCUGUCUGAGGUCAGUUAGGAUCACCACUUUAUUUUAAGAAUGUGAAAUGUCAGAAUAAUAGUAGAGAAUGAUUUAUUUCAGGUUCUAUUUCUUUCAUCACACUCCCAGUGGGUCAGAAGUUUACAUACACUGAAUUAGUGUUUGGUAGCAUUGCCUUUAAAUUGUUUGACUUGGGUCAAAUGUUUCGGGUAGCCUUCCACAAGCUUCACACAAUAAGUUGGGUGAAUUUUGGCCUAUGUCUCCUGACAGAGCUGGUGUAACUGAGUCAGGUUUGUAGGCCUCCUUACUCGCACAAACUUCAGUUCUGCCCACACAUUUUCUAUGGGAUUGAGGUCAGAGCUUUGUGAUGGCCACUCCAAUACCUUGACUUUGUUGUCCUUAAACCAUUUUGCCACAACUUUGGAAGUAUGCUUGGGGUCAUUGUCCAUUUGGAAGACCCAUUUGCGACCAAGCUUUAACUUCCUGAGUGAUGUCUUGAGAUGUUGCUUCAAUAUAUCCACAUAAUUUUCUUGCCUCAUGAUGCCAUCUAUUUUGUGAAGUGCACCAGUCCCUCCUGCAGCACAGCACCCCCACAACAUGAUGCUGCCACCCCGUGCUUCACGGUUGGGAUGGUGUUCUUUGACUUGCAAGCAUCCCCCUUUUUCCUCCAAACACAACGAUGGUCAUUAUGGCCAAACAGUUCUAUUUUUGUUUCGUCAGACCAGAGGACAUUUCUCCAAAACGUACGAUCUUGUCCCCGUGUGCAGUUGCAAACCGUAGUCUGGCUUUUUUAUGGCGGUGAAGAAGCAGUGGCUUCUUCCUUGCUGAGUGGCCUUUGAGGUUAUGUCAAUAUAGGACUCGUUUUACCGUGGAAAUAGAUAUCUAUUUAUAGAUAGAUAUAGAUACUUUUGUACCUGUUUCCUCCAGCAUCUUCACAAGGUUCUUUGCUGUUGUUCUGGGAUUUAUUUGCACUUUUCACACCAAUAUAUGUUCAUCUCUAGGAGAAAGAACACGUCUCCUUCCUGAGCAGUAUGACGGCUGCAUGGUCCCAUGGUGUUUAUAAUUGAGUACUAUUGUUUGUACAGAUGAACGUGGUACCUUCAGGCAUUUGGAAAUUGCUCCCAAGGAUGAACCAGACUUGUGGCGGUCUACAUUUCUUUGCUGAGGUUUUGGCUGAUUUAUUUGGAUUUUCCCAUGAUUUCAAGCAAAGAGGCACUGAGUUUGAAGGUAGGCUUUGAAAUACAUCCACAUGUACACCUCCAAUUGACUCAAAUGGUGUCAAUUAGCCUAUCAGAAGCUUCUAAAGCCAUUUUCUGGAAUUUUCUUCUGACACACUGGAAUUGUGAUACAGUGAAUUCUAAGUGAAAUAAACUCUGUAAAAAAUUGUUGGGAAAAUGACUUGUGUCAUGCACAAAGUAGAUGUCCUAACCGACUUGCCAAAACUAUAGUUUGUUAACAAGAAAUACGUUUUAAUGACUCCAACCUAAGUGUUAUGUAAACUUCCGACUUCAGCUGUAUAUGAUAUUGGGAUUACGCAGAGUAUCACACAUGGACAUUUCCUAUGGCCUCAUGGAUUCAUUCAAUAUCCUGAGAUAUGUGUCAUCCUAUUUUCUCUCUUCAUGUUGACAAAUACUGACUGUAUACAUACACUACCGUUCAAACGUUUGGGGUCACUUUGAAAUGUCCUUGUUUUAAAAAGAAAAGCACAUUUUUUGUCCAUUAAAACAACAUCAAAUUGAUUAGAAAUACAGUGUAUACAUGGUUAAUGUUGUAAAUGACAAUUGUACCUGGGAAUGGCUGAUUUGUAAUGGAAUAUCUGCAUAGGCGUACAGAGGCCCAUUAUCAGCAACCAUCACUCCUGUGUUCCAAUGGCACAUUGUGUUAGCUAAUCCAAGUUGAUCAUUUUAAAAGGCUAAUUGAUCACUGGAAAACCCUUUUGCAAUUAUGUUAGCACAGCUGAAAACUGUUGUUCUGAUUAAAGAAGCAAUUAAACUGGCCUUCUUUAGACUAGUUGUGUAUCUGAAGAAUCAACAUUUGUGGGUUCGAUUACAGGCUCAAAAUGGCCAGAAACAAACAGCUCUUUUCUGAAACUCAUCCGUCUAUUCUUGUUCUGAGAAAUGAAAGCUAUUCCAUGUGAGAAAUUGCCAAGAAACUGAAGAUCUCGUACAACCCUGUGUACUACUCCCUUCACAGAACAUCGCAAACUGGCUCUAACGAGUGCCCCGGUGCACAACUGAGCAAGAGGACAAGUAUAUUAGGGCUUUCUCCUAUAGAGCUCCAUUUUUAUGGAAUGGUUUGCCUACCCAUGUGAGAGACGCAGAGUCGGUCUCAACCUUUAAGUCUUUACUGAAGACUCCUCUCUUCAGCAGGUCAUAUGAUUGAGUGUAGUCUGGCCCAGGAGUGUGAAGGUGAACGGAAUGGCUCUGGAGCAAGGAACCGCCCUUGCUGUCUCUGCCUGGCCAGUUCCCCUCUCUCCACUGGGAUUCUCUGCCUCUAACCCAAUUACAGGGGCUGAGUCACUGGCUUAGUGGUGCUCUUUCAUGCUGUCCCUAGGAGGGGUACGUCACUUGAGUGGGAUGAGUCACUGACGUGAUCUUCCAGUCUGGGUUGGCGUCCUCCCUUGGGUUGUGCCGUGGCGGAGAUCUUUGUGGUCUAUACUCUUUGUGGGCUAUAUCUCUCUAAUUCUCUCUUUCUUUCUUUCUUUCUCUCUCUCGGAGGACCUGAGCCCUAGGACCAUGCCUCAGGACUACCUGGCAUGAUGACUCCUUGCUCUCCCCAGUCCACCUGGCCGUGCUGCUGCUCCAGUUUCAACUGUUCUGCCUGCGGCUAUGGAACCCUGACCUGUCGUGCUACCUGUCCCAGACCUAGAGAUACUCUUAAUGAUCGGCUAUGAAAAGCCAACUGACAUUUUCUCCUGAGGUGCUGACUUGUUGCACCCUCAACAACUACUGUGAUUAUUAUUAUUUGACCAUGCUGGUCAUUUAUGAACAUUUGAACAUCUUGGCCAUGUUCUGUUAUAAUCUCCACCCGGCACAGCCAGAAGAGAACUGGCCACCCCUCAUAGCCUGGUUCCUCUCUAGGUUUCUUCCUAGGUUUUGGCCUUUCUAGGGAUUUUUUCCUAGCCACCGUGCUUCUACACCUGUAUUGCUUGCUGUUUGGGGUUUUAGGCUGGGUUUCUGUACAGCACUUUGAGAUAUCAGCUGAUGUAAGAAGGGCUAUAAAGAUACAUUUGAUUUGAUUAGAGUGUCUAGUUUGAGAAACAGACGCCUCACAAGUCCUCAACUGGCAGCUUCAUUAAAUGGUACCCGCAAAACACCAGUCUCAACGUCAACAGUGAAGAGGCUACUCUGGGAUGCUGGCCUUCUAGGUAGUGAUCAAUUAGCCUUUUAAAAUUAUAAACUUGGAUUAGCUAACACAACGUGCCAUUGGAACGCAGGAGUGAUGGUUGCUGUUUCAAAAACAAGGACAUUUCUAAGUGACCCCAAACAUUUGAAUGGUAGUGUAUGUGUUUUCUCAGCACAUUUAAGAUAGGAAACUGUAUUUAUUCCAGAUAUGCUUCUCAUGGCUGAGGUCCAUAUCCUGAUCUUGAUAUGCUUUUUGAUAUGCUGAAAAUAAGGACGAUUUCUGAUGCAUUUAUGAGUUUUCACCACAUGCUGAAUAAUUUGACAAAUAUGCUAUCCUUAUUUUUCUUUCAUGCACAAAUCAUUUUUGGAUUCCCUCCGGAUAUUGAGCCAUUAGAUAUCUCGAGAGAGGCCUAUGUGGACAUCUUCGUUUCUCUAUAUGAUGACAAAUACUAAGAGUAGGCCUACAUAGGGUAUUUUCUCAGCAAAUACAAUGCAUAUGCUCUUGACUGAUGUCCAUAUCAGGAUCUUGAUAUGUGUUUUGAUAUGCUAAAUAAGGGCCAUUUCUGAUGCUUACUUGAGUUUAAUGCUUAAUGCUUAAUAAUUUGGCAAAUAUUAAAUCCAUAUUCUUUCAGACACUAGCUAUAAUUGUUCUCUUCCCUCUGGAUAAAGGUAUGCGCAAACUACAAACUAAAAGUGCUGUAACUGGUAGCCUAGCAACAAGAAUCACAUAUUUUCUGCUUUUGAGUUCCAACUGUCAUUUUUAAUUUGGGCAGCACAAAUGAGUGUGUGGUCGAACUGACAACUGGAAAAUCAAAGAAGUGAGAAGCUGUUCAGAAAAUAACUCAAAGAAGUACAUGCUUAAGUGAGUAACUAAUUUGAGAUGUUUUAUUUAUCUUAGCUAGUAACUAGAGUCAAGGACGUUAGCUAAUUUGGCCAGCAGCCAGGUGGGCUAGCUUACUAGACUUGAUAGAGGGGUAAAAGCUAACUGGUAGCUUAGCUAUCUAACAAAUAACAAAAUUGACUUCCCUUCAGGGAAUAUUAUUUUUACCACCUAUCAAGCCUCAAGGUCAAAGCUAACAUUUUAAAAUGUUUCGGCAUAUUUUGUAUUACUGGUUAAUAUAAUCUAACUAGCUAACUAACUUAAUCUAACUAGCAAAUUAGCUCACCAUGAAUUAAAUUGGUAGAGUAGCUACCUUGUGGUAUAGUUCUGUGAUAUUACAAUAUUUCCUUGCAAUAUCGACAUUAUUUUGAUUUAUGCAUUGACAGUUUGGAGUGGAUCACAGACCUACAAUACCACCUUAGGUCUUGACUGGUGACCCAAUCUGCACCCGUCGUUCAUACCAAACAGGGUAGGCACGGAUAAUGAGGACAUCCUCAUUGUGCAACACAUCCUGACCAAUGAGGAGGAUUCCAAUCAGGGCAAGUCACACCCAAAUGGAAAUAACCUCGAAAUCGACAAUAAAAUCGAGCAAAACUCCUAUAACACUGUACUGUGCUCUACUGUACUGAUCUCUACUCUACUCUAUUGUGAUUUACUGUGCUGCACUAUAAUGUCCAUACUUGUGAAACAUACAGUAGAUGUCUAUGAUUGGUACAGAUUUGGUCCGAUCUGGACCAACCUAAUUUGGUCGUGUUUGGGGCGGUGUAGAAUAAUAGCCAAACAUGCAAAGGAGGAUAUUACCUUUGUGUACCUAUUUAGGAUACAACACUCUGCAGAGAAUGACGUUCAUAAUUAUGCAUUUCUGUAUAUGUUACCAUCAACUAGGAGUGGUGGGUGGAAUCAGGCGCAGAGAGCAGGGUUCAGUCUUUCUUUCAAAUUUAUUCCCCAGCGCAACAAAACAGUCACGCCAACACUCCUAGUGCAGUCCAAACAACAGGACAAAAUAGUCCGGAGAAUAAAUACACAAUAACUCACACCAUCAAACACAGAGUAACAAAAACAAGCCCGCACAAAUACCCAGCGGGCCUAGUGCACUUAAAUACCCUACAAACAAACCCUAAUACAAAACAGGUGUACCCAAUUACCCAAUAACCCAAAACAAACGGAAAGGGAAUCGAUGGCAGCUAAUAGGCCGGCGACGACGACCGCCGAGCACCGCCCGAACAGGAAGAGGCACCAUCUUCAGGCGAGGUUCGUGACAGUAUAGUACAGAGCAAGGACUCAGGAUGACAUUCUGUUACUGAGUGUUGAUCCACCUACCGUAGUUCAAUAACCAAAAUAAAUGUUUUUAAACUCACGGUGUCAUAUCAUAGCGAACACCCCAUUCUUUCUGCAGACAUCUGUGCAUCUUAAUUCAGAGUAUAUAUUUAACAGAGCUCUGGGAAAACGUGUUCACCAAGAACUGAAGGAGCAUCUGCACUCUUCCUCAAGGGCAUUCGGGAUGGCAGAUGGGGGAGCGUUAGCAUCUCCCUCUGAUUUCAAAGGUUGUAUGUUAGAAACCAGCGAUAAAAAGUUGUUUUUGAUAUUUUUGUUUUAAGCCUAUCCCGAACCUUAACCCUUACCUUUGCCAUUCAGAGUUAAUGCCUAACCUUAAGAAUUUGGAGUUAAUGCCUGAACUUAACCCUUGUGUUGUCUUAAGUGUCAAAAAUGACCCACCACUAUGUUUAACAGCAGACAAAACCCCCUAAAUGAGACUUUUCCUAGAGUGACCCCAACAUUAGAAAAAGUGAAACAUCGUCUUUGUUCAUAUUUCCAUGAAAGCUGUACUCCACCAGGGUACAAAGAUUGUCUUAGGGUCAUUUUUGAUCCAGCAGUUAUAAAAUAAUUUACACAGCACAAAAACCACAAAGACACACACACACACACACACACAUACACACACAAAAUGAGAAAUUGAGAUUAUGCUACUGAUUGAACUGAGCCAGCAGCUCCUGAAGAGGAAGAUCCCCCUGCACCCCUUACACCUGCAGGAGGAUGACUGCCCGCUGGCCCAUGGUCAUCUUCCAUAACAUCAUUGAUGUAUCCUCAUACAAUGCCUUCGUGAUAUGGAACAAGAUCAACCCUACCUGGAUGCCUGAUAAGCAGAACAAGAGGAGGAUGUUCCUGGAGCAGCUGGGAAAGGCACUUGUAACCCCAUACAUUCAAAGAAGGGAGUGCCUUCCCCACACAGCAACCUCUGCAGUGCUUGUGAAAGCUGUUCAGGGGGUUGAAUCUUGUCCUGAUCCACCUGAGGCUGCAGCUGGGGCAGGCAAGAAGAGGAGAUGCCAAUUCUGUCCCCCAAGGAAGGACUGUAAAACAAAUACUUUGUUCUGCACAUCUGAGAAAUACAUCUGCAAAGUCCAUGCACACACACUUGCAUACUGUCUUACAUGUGCUAAUUAGAGUUGAUUGAUUUAUGUUCUUCACGUUCUUCUUUUGUAUCUAUUAUCUUCUUUUAUUCUUAUCUAUUGUUGUUGUUUAUACACCUUGUGGGUGGGGGCAAUGGUUAAAAAAAUGGGAGAAGACAAGUAUUUUGUCGUUGAAUUUCUCAUUGUACGGUAUAACAUAAUAUAUCACGAUGUUGCCAAAAAGGUUCAAGACUCUUAUUGUUUCCCUUCAAUAAAAUGCAUUCAAAACUA